AGACUCGGCCCGGGGGCCCUCGGUGACAUUCCAGGCGAAGCCGCGGCCAGGCCAGCCUCCUGGGCUCGGACCCUGACCUUCCGCCGGCUGCAGAGUCUCCGGCCACGCCGCCCGGGGGGAGAGAGAGAGAGAGAGAGAGACCCCCGCUGUCCCCGCAGCCGCGCGCCAUCCAGACGGCGGAAGGCGCGUCGGCGGGCAUGGGCCGCUUCUCGCCGGAGCCGUGGCUGCCGCAGCUACUCAGCCCCCGGGGCCUGGCCCUCGCCGCGGCCCUGUUGCUGCUGCUCUUCUUAUUCCUGCGCACCCGGCGCACCAGGAAACCUGGUGAGCCUCCUUUGGUAAAAAGCUGGCUUCCUUUCAUUGGAGAAGCCCUGAAAUUACAAAAAGAUCCCAUAGGUUUCAUGACUACUCUUCAGAAGCAGUAUGGUGACAUUUUCACUGUUCUCCUUGGGGGAAAGUACAUCACAUUUAUCCUGGAUCCUUUCCAGUACCAGUCAGUGAUCAAAAAUCAAAAAUUAAGCUUUCGAGGAUUUAGUAAUAAAGUAUUACUGAGAGUAUUUUCUAUCAAAAAGUUGGUGGAGGAUGACGCUAUGAACGAUGAGCUUCAUACCUGCUAUCAGCUUUUACAAGGGAGGCAUCUGGACAUGCUGAUGGAAAACAUAAUGCAGAGUCUAAAGCAGGUUUUUGAACCCCAGCUCUUAAAAACCACAAGUUGGCACACAGAAUCCUUGUUCACAUUCUGCAACUCAGUAAUAUUUGAGAUGACAUUGACAACUGUAUAUGGAAGUAUUCUCCUUGGCCACAGGAAAACAUUUAUUACUGAGUUAAAAGACGACUUUUUCAAAUUUGAUGGCAAAUUCACACAAUUAGCAUCGGGCAUGCCCAUUGAGCUUUUAGGAAAUAUCAAGUCUAUUCGAUUGAAACUGAUAAAACUGUUGACAACAGAAAACUUAGCUAAGUUCCAAGGCUGGUCAGAAGUUGUUCAAAGGAGGCAAGAUAUCCUGGAGAAAUACUAUCUGCCCCAGGAUAUUGAAAUAGGAGCACAUCAUUUAGGCUUGCUCUGGGCCUCUGUGGCAAACACUGCUCCAACUAUGUCCUGGACUAUGUAUUACCUUCUCCGGAACCCAGAAGCUAUGGCAGUGCUGCGUGACGAAAUUGACCAUUUGCUACAGUCAACAGGUCAAAAGAAAGGGCCUGGAUUUUCCAUCCACCUCACCAGAGAACAAUUGGACAGUCUGGUCUACCUAGAAAGCACCAUUCUUGAGAGCUUACGACUAUCCUCGUUUUCAAGCACCUUUCGUUUUGUUCAAGAGGACCUGACACUACAUUUAGAGGCCCAGGACUGCUGUCUGCGGAAGGGUGACUUUGUAGGCGUCUUUCCUCCCAUCUUACACUACGACCCUGAAAUCUUUGAAGCUCCAGAGGAGUUUAGAUUUGAUCGUUUUAUAGAAAAUGGUAAGAAGAAAACCACCUUUUUUAAAAGAGGGAAAAAGCUGAAGUAUUACCUAAUGCCUUUUGGAUUUGGAAUCAGCAAAUGUCCGGGCCGAUUUUUGGCAGUUGUUGAAAUAAAGCAAUUGUUGGUUAUACUUUUAACUUAUUUUGAUUUAGAAAUAAUUGAUGAUAAACCUGUAAAACUAAACUUCAGUCGCUCUUUGUUUGGCAUUCAGCAUCCAGACUCAGAUGUUUCAUUUCGAUACAAAGUAAAAUCUUAAAGAAGCUAAAAGGAAAGAAAAGAAAUCUAUCAAAACUAACCCAAAUAGGUCCUCAGCUCACCUAUUUGUUUUUAAUUUCUUCAGAUGAAAUUGCUUUGUUUGUUUUUAAAGUGCCAGUUUCUGUUUGAAUGGAGAACAUUCCAGUUUGUAUCUGGUCGCAAAACCCAUCAUUAAAAAAAAAAAAGAAAAGAAAAAAGAAAAAUAGGAUGGUGGCAUGAAAAUGGACAUCAAAAAUCAACAUAAUGAUAAA